CCGAACUGAUUUGUCACAUUUCUGUGAGACGCCUGUGUUGUCCAAGUACAUCGUCUGCCAGUUCCUUCAAGUCUUAAUCUAUGGUGGUCGCACUGCACGAUAUCCGCACGAUCGACGAACUUUUUCGGAGAGGCGCGUUGCGUGCAGUUCAGAAACCCAUCUACCCAUCCCAAGCGGGGGCCUUGAAUAAGGUGUCAUUGUACCAGGGAGAUAUCACCACUCUUCAGACGGACGCCAUCGUCAACGCUGCCAAUCCAUCUCUUCUAGGUGGAGGCGGAGUGGACGGCGCUAUCCACGCUGCUGCCGGGUCCCAGCUUCUAGCAGAAUGUUGGACGUUGGGAGGGUGUAAAACUGGUGACGCUAAAAUCACUGGAGGGUACGAUUUGCCCGCGAAGCAUGUCAUCCAUGCUGUAGGACCGGUAUAUGAUGCGUGCAACACGGAGAUGUGCGCGAAACAACUGCGAUCCUGUUAUACGACUAGCCUAGGACUUGCUAAGGAAAAUGGCUGCGAGACGGUCGCAUUUCCGUCUAUUUCCACAGGCAUCUAUGGUUACCCUCUACGUGACGCUACGCACAUCGCGUUGAAUGAAGUACGACAAUUCGUGGAUUCCGACGUUGAAGACAAGAUAAAGCGUGUUGUUUUUGUGGUAUUCAGAGACGUGGACCGCUCCAUGUACGAGGAACUCAUUCCAUUCUAUUUCCCUCCUGUGGAGACGGCGUGAGAAGCAAGUCUACGCUGGUACUGACGUUAUCAGGUGCAUCGAUGCUCGUCCCUUGCUACAGAAUUCGUUGGAUAGUUCAAGAGGUAUCGCGGUAGAAUUAGUAUCCAUGUAAGAUCGUCAGUCAUUUUGUUGUGCUACCAUUGUUCCUCUCGAGGUCAUUGAAAGAUGUCAUGAGGACUGCCGUCACUACGCUCUCGAUGAUAAGUUGUGUAUGUCAAUUGCCUAAUUCAUUAACAAGUGACUUUGAUCGAUG